GAAUAACUCCACAGCUACUCCGAGUUUUCCGUCUUUGUACAUUCGAAAAGGCGAUACAAGUACUUUUUCUGCGGUUUGUACACCCUAACAUCUAUAUAAAUAUAUUAAACAUACAUAUAUAUCAUGCUGGAAUGUAUCUUGUACAUUUCUCACAUGACAGACACAAGAGUAGUCACAUUUCCAUUCAUUUCGUAUACCACUUAGUAUAUAUGUAUAUAUACAUUGUCCUGGUAUAUAUACAUAUAUAUAUGUGUUUUUUACAUCAUUAACCAUUUGUUUUGCCGCUGUGCCUCUCUCUCUGCCUAUCUACCCAGCACUUGAUCUUUCUGCUGCUUCUGCUAUUAUCUCCUCCAACCUUUCUCAUUGCGAAGCACCGCUCACUGUUGUCUUCCAAUGACGUCACAAUAAAAAUGGCUUCUACCCUUUCUUCAUGUUGUUACUUCUCUCCGUAACAAGGUAGCAAGGUAGGGAGUCAGGCUCUUUAUAGGUCAGCGGAGAGUGACCGAAAGGAAAAAUAUAUAUCUUCUAAACAAUAAGGGAGCUAAGUUUAUUGGCGAGAAGUUGGAGUUUGCUUACCAUUAGCCAUCAAUCGGUGACCCACACAUUACGAACUACUGCUAUUAGUAGUAAGACGAAUUAUCUCGCACUCACGAAUUUUACACACGAUUCGCUACUACUACAGUUUUGGCUGAACUGCAACAAAACCCAUAUAUAUUUUUUUACGCUUUUCAUCUCUGCUUGUAUGUGUGUGUAUAUAUAUAUAAAUAAAUAUAUAUAUAUAUAGGACAACACUGCUUGUAGAGAUAUAUUUACGAGCGUAAUAACGAAAAGAAAAAAAUAAGUAAAGGAAUCAAAAUAUCUCCGAAAAUAAUCAGUCACAACCUUCCAAAUCAUCGGAUGGGUUUUACCCUGUUCUUGCCUAGCUUACCCUACACCCUACAGUUUAUUAUCUGAACAUAUUUUUUACUUGUAGCUGUUUUGGCUUGACCUUCUCACUCCGUUACAAGCAAGCUACCUGCUUAAACAAAAGAACAACUCCUUGCUAGCUAUUUUUUAUUCUCCUCCUUUUUUUUUUCACCUUGUCCCCUAUUCAAUCCACAUUCGAAACUUCCUCGUCGGUUUUCUUCCCUUUCAGUUGAUUAUUUAUAUAUUUAAAAAAGAUAAUAUUAGAAUAUUAAAAGAACAAACCAAGAGCCAUUCUAUUGGAAUAAAUUUCAUCCCAUCUACACAUUAAGGGGGGGAGAGCAAGGGAUAACUCGAGUCUGUCGGAUUUAUAUGUAAAAAUAAAUGUGUCUAAAUGAGGACUAGAUCAUAUCUACAUAAUAAAUCUAAAAAAGCGUGCAGGCAAGUGUUAUCUUAUGUUCAAUCACCUGGAAACAACCGCAAAUUGAUUACCAAAACUCAAACAACACAAGGUUGUCCAUACAAUAUAAACCAAGAUCUCCUAUUUAUUCAGUAGUGGAUUUUACACCUACUCUUCUUAAUUAUUCAUUAUUUAAAAAAAAUUUUACAAGCUGCAGAAGCGAGUUCUAGAGACCUCUAGAUGUCUUGGAAGGUUACCAUAAGAUCUCCAUCAGACUUUCAAAAUUGCAGAUAUCCAUGUUAUAACGGUUGCAUUGAAAGUAUCACUGUUGGUUUAAUUCAAGAUUCAUGAUGUUCCAGGCAGCUCCCCAAAAUGAUCAUUUACAGACAUACCAAUACAGAAGAUACUCCACACAUUAUGGACCAAGACAAGCGGGAUUCUGGAGCCUGUGAUCUGAAUAACAGCAACCACAAUGACAGCAUAUUUCUAAAGAAUGCUUCUAUCAACACACCUCUUGCUGCAGAGGUCUUUGUUCUCAAAUCUGGAACUGGAGACAACGGGUACGCAUGUGACACAAGCAUUACAAGUAAUUCUGAGGGAGAAAGGCUAGUAACCAUGGCAACACAAACACCAGAGGUAGAAAUUCAGGAACCACAGUGUUUACUUGAGGAAAGCUGUCAGAAUAAUGGUUUAUUGAUUCCACCUACUCCUCCACUUUCAUCUAUGUACCAUGGGACAUGGCCCAUUACUAAAGCUUUAGAUUUUCCCAUUAGUCAAAGCGAUGGCAGCCUUGAAAGUCUAGUCAACAAUGAUACGUCUAGUAUAUUCAGUUUUGAUUCCAGCAACACAAAUGCAUCUGCUCCACCAGUGUCGCGCUGUCAAACAACUCAACCUCAACUUGGCACCAAGGUUGAAAUGGUUUACUCAUUAUUAUCGAUGCUUGGUACCCACGAUAAAGAUGACAUGAGUCGCACACUACUUGCUAUGUCCAGUUCUCAGGAUAGUUGCAUUGCUAUGCGGCAAUCAGGUUGUCUCCCCUUACUGAUCCAGCUGCUGCACGGUAGUGACAAGGACUCCAGCUUAUUGGGCAAUACACGUGGGAGUAAGGCGGCACGGGCUCGGGCCUCUGCUGCUUUGCACAAUAUUGUUCACUCCCACCCAGAUGACAAAAGAGGUCGGCGAGAAGCUCGAGUGUUGCGACUCCUUGAACAAAUCCGAGCACAUUGUGAUCAGCUCAGAGAUUCUUCAUCUGAUGAUGAUGAAGAAGAUAAAAAAGUGAAAUCAGGUUCUCGGCCUUCUGAUAUAGACCACCACCCUGGUCCAGCCAUCGCAGCACUGAUGAAGCUUUCCUUUGAUGAAGAACACCGCCACGCAAUUUGUACUUUAGGUGGUCUUCAGGCUAUUGGAGAACUUCUGCAGGUGGAUCAUGAAAUCCAUGGCAACACUACUGAGCAGUACAACAUUACAAUGCGGCGCUAUGCUUGCAUGGCUUUGACCAACUUGACAUUCGGUGAUGGAACAAAUAAAGCUCUAUUGUGUUCCAUGAGAGGUGUUAUGGAUGCUCUAAUUGCACAAUUGCAUUCUAGCAAUGAAGACUUGUGUCAAGUUGCUGCAAGUGUUCUCAGAAAUUUAUCAUGGCGAGCUGAUCUUGCCAGUAAGAAGACACUGCGGGAGGUUGGUGGUGUUACAACAUUAAUGAAGGCAGCAAUGCGUGUGAAAAAAGAAUCAACUCUCAAAAGUAUACUAAGUGCACUUUGGAACCUCUCUGCUCAUUGUAGUGAAAAUAAAGCUGAUCUUUGCGCUGUUGAGGGUGCAGUUGAGUUCUUAGUAAGCACAUUGACUUAUAAAAGUUCCUCAAAAACUUUAGCAAUCAUUGAAAACGGUGGUGGUGUUCUCAGAAAUGUGUCCAGCCACAUUGCUGUAAGGGAGGAUUACAGGAGACUCCUCCGGCAACACGGCUGUCUGCAGAUUCUGUUGAAACACUUACGGUCUCCAAGUCUUACAAUUGUCAGUAAUGCCUGUGGUACACUAUGGAAUUUAUCAGCACGCUGUCCUGAAGAUCAACGCGCCUUGUGGGAUAUGGGAGCAGUUAGCAUGCUCAGAAACUUAGUGCAUUCAAAGCACAGAAUGAUCUCAAUGGGCAGUGCUGCAGCCUUAAAAAACCUUCUUGGUGCCAAACCAGCAUCUUUGAACUUUGAUUCUGACAAACAUGUCAAAUCCAAUAUGCCAACAUUGCAUGCAAGGAAACAAAGGGCAAUUGAGGCUGAAAUUGAUCAAAAUUUAUCUGAGACUUGUGAGAACAUGGAAAGUCCAAGGAACAGUCCUACAGAGAACCGGAAACAAGAUACUGACUCUCCACAUUAUCUUUAUUCAUCUGGCUAUCAGUUAUCAGAUUUAGAGAGUCGAAGGGCUUUCAUGAAAACACAUAUGUUUAUGAGGACAGGGAGUGGGGAUGGUGCAAUGCUGUUUGAUAGCCGGACACGGUCUCCACAUAGAGUUACACGAUCUGGCAGUCAAGACAGUGUAGGGAGUGUGCACUCUGAUAUAUCACAUGAUCGUGCUAGGGUUCAUCACAUGCUUGCUAAGAGCUCCAAGCUACUAUAUGAACGCCAAGGUUCAGUUCUUGAGAAAAGAAGAGAUUCUAGUCUAACUCGAUUAACUCAAGAAGGAAGUGCAGGUAGCCUGGAGAAAUUGCGAAAUGCACCUCAACACAUGAUGGAAAAUGAAGAUGGGGUUUGUGAUGAAACUGUUAACUAUAGUAACAAAUAUGUUGAUCAUGCUACUCAGAACUGUUUGGAUCCUGCCAAGCAGAGCUGUUUGGAUCCAAGUAAACAGAAUAACUGUCCCGUCAAAUUGGCCAACUUUGCUGGUAAUCCUUCAUCUUAUAGUGCACAACAACGGAUGUAUAUGUAUGUCGUUCCCAAUCAGUAUUCUCAUAAGACUUACACAGACAGACAGAUUUACAAUGAUAGGAUGACAAAUCCUUCCAGUAAUAAGAACAGUUCUGAACCAUUGAUAUCAUCGUAUGGAGUUUAUGCUGAGACUGAUCUAGACAACAUUGACCAGCUUGACCAACCAACAGAUUACGGGAAACGAUAUGCUGAAUACACGGAUGAUCAAUGCACAGACAGGCCAAUAAAUUAUGUAUCACGGUACAAUGAUUCCGACCCCAACUGUGCAGAUUGUCGCCUUGAAGAAGCUAGACGAACAAACGAGAGAGUUGAGCAACGAGUUCACACAGUUCACGAUGACUCAUUAAAAACUUUUUGCACGGAAGGUACUCCACUGAAUUAUCUGUCAACUGCUACAUCUUUGACAGAUUUGACUGGGAAACACGAGAAAGGGGAGAUGCGAGAAGAACUAAAGAAAGACAUUCUGGAAUCAUGUGCUGAAGAUGAAAUUAAGAAUUACACUCUUGACUACCAAAACAUGGAGAAAACUGGGAACAAUAACAAUAACAACAACAACAUCACCAACAAUAACAAGAAAAUAAAACGUGGUUCAAAUACACAUGUGAGUGGAAUUCCAACAUUUAGAUCAUCUAUACAAUGUGUUAAAGAAUAUGUUUCCUCAAAAGCACCAACAGAAAAUCCUAUUGAUGUAGACAUACUGGAAGAUCCCUGUGAAGGAGCAGCUGACCAAAUGAAAACCUAUUGUGAUGAGGGCACGCCUAUCAGCUAUUCACAAGUGAGCCCAAUUAGCAGCCUCCAUAGCAGUGAAGCUGGAGAUCAUGAAAACCUUCCCAGGACCAAUGUACUCAAAAGUAUUGAUGAAAAUGAAUGUAGUGAGGAACUUCAGAAAACUACUAUCUCUGAAAAGACUGGUUCUGACAUCGUUAACAUAGAACGAAAAUUACUAAGUGUAGAUGAUGCAGAGAAACCAUCAGAGUCAAUUGGAGCAUUGCCUGAUGCAGGUUCUCCAAGUGAUCGAGAACAGAAGACUGUUACUUUUGAUGAAAAUCACAUGGUUGAAGAGACUCCACUGAUGUUUUCCAGGUGUAGUUCUCUAGGUUCAUUAAGUAGUUUUGAGGCUCACUCUGUACACAGUUCUGUUGUCAGUGAAUAUAGCCGGCGAGCCAGUGAAGUUGUCUCUCCAAGUGAGCUCCCUGACUCUCCCAGUGAAACUUUCCCACCUAGUCCUACACGGAAAAGAGCUGCUGAAAAAUGUUCUAGUGUCAAUGACCAGGAGCCUGAAACUAUGGAAGAGAUGAAAGAGUUUACUGUUGAAGCCCCUGAAAGGGACCCAACAAAUGCAACUGGAGCCAAACCUACUUCAGGAACAUUGGCUGAUGUACUGAAAGGUGAACUGAUCUCUGACAUUGGGAAACUGGAUUCCCCCAUUGUCUACAAUACAGAAGGUACUCCACCAAACUUUUCUGAAACAACCAGUUUAAGUGCAUUGACCUUUAGUGAUGAUGAACCUCAAAUGAUAGGCAAGAAAACACAUAUCAAGACAGCAAUUAAGGAUGGGAAAUCUGAGAAAAUUUCCGAGAAAGAAGACAAAGAGAAUUCUUCUAUGUCAGAAGUGUCAGAAGGUGAAGAAGAUAUUCUGGCACAGUGUAUUAGUUCAGCUAUGCCAAGUAACUCGAGUAAAAAGAUUCGAAGAAGCACCUCAGAUAAUGCACUAAAGAAAAAGUCUGAAUCAUGGAAGACUGAAAGUGCAACUAAUAACAAAAGCAAACUUCCAACAAAGUCUGUAUCAAAUAAUGCACGUACAAACUAUGGCUCUUUGAAACUGAAGAGCUGUCUUCGGUCUGUAUCUGUCUGCAAACAAGAGGAAGAUCUUCUCAAUACUGAUGCUGUCAAAUCUUAUGCCACUGAAGGAACCCCUCUGAACUUUUCUCGAACUACAUCAUUAAGUGAUCUGAGUAUACUUACACAUGACAAUGCUCCAUUAAAACCUAAGCAUGAAGAAGCUGAAGAGUCUGAUAAUAGUUCAGUUUGCGAUGAGAAUGAUAAAUUACUCUCAGAAGUUAUUCAGUCAGCAAAACCAAAGGGAAAAGUCGGUCGUAAGCCAACAGUGAUUGAUCGAACUGCAGAGGGUUCAGAGAGCAAAGAAAAAUUCCCUUUCCAAAUUUCACCAUUAAAGGAAAAGAAAUGCAUCAGUAUGAAUCCAGAUACAGUCAAGACUUAUGCUGUAGAGGGUACUCCGAUUAACUUUUCUAAUGCCACUUCUCUAAGUGAUUUAACUAUUGAUUCUAUAGAUGGUCUUGACAUGGGUUUUAUACAAAAGAAUUCAAAAUCAAAACCUGGAGACCCUAAUUACACCAUUCCAAAUAAAGAUGACUCUAUAUUUGCUUUGAAUUCAGCUGCAGACUCCCCCAAACAUUACAUGAUGGAAGGAACACCAAUAACAUUCUCUCGGAACGACUCGCUUAGCUCACUUAGUUGUGAUGAUACAGAGGAUGUGUCUCUAAGUCAUCAUCCUAGUGCAAAGCAAGGUAAGAACAAGUCCUCACCUUCUCUUGGACAACGUUGGAAAGCAGAUACUGGUCGAAAAGAUUAUCAACAAUCCCCAGAUGGCACUGGUGUUCCUGGUACAGAACUGGGUCGCCAUGUAGUGGGGCAGUCUAGUGAAGAAAUUCGACCCGCUUUAAUGGACCCUGAGGGUUAUCUUAGUGAUGAAAUACCAAAAGAAUUUGCAAUAGAAGACACACCAGAUACUUAUUCUCGCAAUUCUUCAACAAACUCCUACAAAAACAAAUGCCAAAGGGAAAGUCCUUUGGCUAAAGUUUCUUCCACUAAACAAAUAGGACCAGAGCUAGGUCUACCUGACCAGAAGGCUUCAUUUAAGGUGGAAGGUACCCCAUUAUGUUUCUCUAGAAAUAGCUCUCUGAGUUCACUGAGUAUUGAAUCAGUAACAAAUGAUUUUUCACUCACUGAAGAAGCUCUUCUUGAAGAAUGCAUUAACUCUGCCAUGCCAAGAGGAGAUAAGAGCAAGUCAGAUAAAAUAGGAUCAAAGAGCUCUAGACUACCUACUUUAAAUUCUCCUGGAACAAUUCCUCAGUCAGACCAAGUUGAAAAAGAUAAGACAUCUUUGUGUGUUUCAAGAAGUGAAUCUUUGAUGUCUCGUUCUUCAGAAGAUUAUAGCAUGAAACAUGUGAAGACAUCAAUGGUACCCAAUAUAUCAAAUGGUCAAGGAAGGCUUGAUGUUAAUAGUAGCAAUGAAAUCACAAAUGCUAACAAUGUUCAAAAUGAGAGUUUACGGAAAUCAACCAAAUCCUGCAGUGAUUUUUCCACAAAUCCUGCUGUUGAUGCCCGGCAAAGAUUUGGCUGGUGUCGAUCAAAAUCCCAAGACAGCGAUGGAUUUCUCAAACGCAAGAAGGACUACUCUAACCAUGAGAUUGCACAAGCUAACUCUCUCUCGAAUCGGCCAUUUCUUGGUUUGGGGGAGACAACUGAGCAAAAUGAUUCGGUUCCCAAAGAUAACCGUUUGUUGGAAGAGAAGCAAAGAUCGAUGCAAGAAAUUGAAAUGGUCAGCUCAUUGCCACAAUCAAUAGGUGCAGAUUCAAAUGGAAGCAUUGAAAAAGUAGACAGUGAGAAAUCAGAUGCUGCUGAUGACAGCCACUGUGAGCUAAAACCAAGUAAAAGCCAUAGUGAUAGUAUUAUGAUGUCAUCUUCUCCUGAUGAUAUGAACUCUGAUGAGACAAAUGUUUCUGAUGAGUUAGAACAUGAAGAUGUUCUUGACAUCAAUUUGGCUGAAGAACAAAGCAAUAAUAUAACUGAUGAAGACAAGGACAGAAACUCUUUUGAGCAUGAAAUCUCUCCUGAAGAGGAACGAGCUCUUGAAGAGAAUGCUAGUCUUGUUGUUUGUGAACUCAUUACUAAAAGAGAGCUAUCCAGCAGCACAUUUGAUGAAGAUUCUUUGAUUGAAAAUGAGAGUAUAUCACUAGUCUCAAAUGACUACACGUCUGAUACAGCAUCAGAGGUUUCAGUGACAUGGUCUAAGAACUCAGAAGACUUGAGUGAGUAUUCAACAUCAACUUUAUCUCAUUCAGAAGCUAGCAGCAGACGAGCUCGUAUUGUGAAACCCUCUGCUCAUUCUCAGCCAUCAUCAGACAAAUCUGAUCCGGAAAGUAAUAAAUCAGUGAGAGGUCGACGAAAACCAUUAUAUAGUCGUAAAAAUCCAGUAACAACAACACCAGUAAAAACACUAAAUUCAAAACCUGAUAACUCUCGUGUUAUUCGUCCAGCUUCUACUCGCCAACCAGGAGGUCCAGUAAAAUCUAAUCCAAAUAGUCCUAAGAAAACUGUAACCAAAAACACCAACGCCAUGUCAUCUGAGGUUCCUGUAAACAAGGUAAACCCUCGAACCACAAAUGUCCGGCGUUCUUCUGGAGGAGGAGGAAGAAGCAUGUCUCCUGGGAGUCCAUUAAAGUCCCAAACUACCAAACAAUCAGCUGGGUCUAAAUUACCUGUAGUAAACAGUGAACGACCAGCACGAGACAGUAGCGUUAACCGAGGGGGUCAUUCUACACAAAUUGAACGUCCCAAACCCCCAAUAAAACAAGGAACUUUUACCAAAGAAACUCCAGCUUCUAGUGGGGAUAAACAGUCAGCCAGUGAAUCUGAUAAAAAUGAGAACAAGAGUGACAUUGACACUUCAACUGUAAAACUCAGAGAAAGGAAAACAUCCUCUAGUCCAAGAAGCUCUGGAGGCUCUACAGGAAGCCAAAGGAAUUCUGAUACAACACCUCCUGAAUCAUGGACAAAAGCAUUAGGUUCAUUUAACUUUUUAGUAGACACUUCACACGAACAAGGUUUUCAUGCGCCAUUUGAACAAAUUCAGCGGCAAAGAAAUUCUCGUGAUGCUCCUCCAGCUCUUCGUCAAUCAAGCACUAACACAACCCCUACUAAAAAUACCCCAACUAAAGUUACUUCCCCUGUUGGUAAGGGUGGUAGUCGCAGUAAUACAACAUCAAACAAAUCUGGCAUUGGAAGUCUGAAGAAAAAUACUCCUUCAAGUAGUCCUAAAAGUAAUGGGAGUAAUUUGGAUAAAAGUAAUAGUGGAUCAACAGGAACUUUACGCAAGACUAGCAGUAAAACAAGUUUAAAAAAUUCAGACAGUAAUGCUAGUCUAAAGAAAGCUGAUAGCAAUGCUAGUCUCAAGAAAACUGAUAGCAAUGCUAGUCUUAAAAAAGCUAGUGACAAUUCUCGUCCUUCAACCCCAACAGGAAAGAGAGGAAGCUUAGGAUUAAGCAAAAAUCAAAGCAUCUCUCCAGGAAAUGCUCAGUCUAAAAAGUCUGAAACAAGCCCACCUUCUAAAGGAACUCCGACAGUUAAUGAAAACCGUCGGUCGUCCAGUACUGGCAAGAAACCGGUGGCCAGUAAGAUUGCGAGCCUUUGGAAACGGAACGAAUCAUCUAAUGAUUCUGCUUCCUCUCCAGAGUCCAAGCCUACCAAGCCACCUCGUCAGCAACGGUCACAUUCUACAGGAGGUGGUCAACGUAGCCGUCUAGUUCCACCUCGAAUUUCCAACAACAAGAAAUCAUCCUCUCCACCUAUAACACAACAAGGAUUAAGUCGAACACAUACUUAUGAUAAACUAAGUUCCUUUGCAGAUAAUUCUUCUGUAGUAACAGAAAAACUUAAUGAGAAUAAUUCUUCAGUUGUGAAAAGCAUCAGUCCUAUAAGUAGUCCAAAAGAAAAUAAAAAUAUAGAUAGUUUUAAUGAAGAUAUCACUUUCACAAUGACCAAAACAAAUUCAGGUACCUGGAAAACUCAGAAGUCUCGCUCCGAGGCUCAAAGUUUACCAGAUGCUGAUCAAACAUGCCGAGUUCAGGAGAAAAUGUCAGAUUCUAAAAAAUCUCUAAACAGCAUGACUUCUGAUGAAAGCUGGAGAAACAAUAAUUCAUUAAGUGAACAGCAAGAAUUUGAUGGGAACAAUGAAGAUGUAUGGGUGAAACGGAAUGAAAUGAUAAGAGAAGCAGAGAAUAAAAUGUUACUUGAUAAUAACUGCGGUGAAGUGAAAGAGACAGAAGACAGAAAAGGCAGUGCCCCUCGACAAGGGAACUGUGCUACCAAAAUGCCUUUGCAAAACAAAACUGCUUCAAAAGAAACUGUGAUAGACUCUUUGCCUUCUGAAGCCAAAGUUUGGAAAUCUGAACUGAUUUCUCCGCAGAGUGAACUAAAGCGAGCAAUAUGCUCAGAAGUCCGAACUAAUCCAGCAUGCUCAAUAUCUGCAGCUAUUGUGUCGCCAUUUAAUUACACUCCAAGUGCCAAAUCACAAAACAAUAACUUUGAUCAAAACAGAAUCUUGGCAAAGGCAGUCACAAAUGGGAACAAACGAUCAUCAAUUCCAUCUCCUUCAAAACAUGCAACAAAAACUGAAAUGUUGCUUGCACGGCGGCGACAAAACUUCAUGACAAAAAUGGAAGAUGCUGGAGAUGAAGAUGAGACUAGAAGAGCUUGCCGUGUAACAACUGUAUAGUGGAACUGUAAAAAUGGCGGAAAUAAAAAUAGGCAAAUAUUGACCAGCGCACUACUUUGGAUAACGCUUAUUUCUGAACAGAAUGCUGAACUUGCUAUGGUUGCAGUCAGAGAAAGUCGAAACAAUCAACAAAUAAGUUGUUAUACAAAAAUAAUUUUCUCUCACAGGCAAUUCGAAACAGAGUGAGCUCUAAGUUUAGGUUGUACAAUUCCAUUGUGAAAACAAUAUUUGUUUUUUGUUUUUUUUUUAAAUAUUAUUUAAGAACAUAUUGGUCAAAACUUGACCAAUGAUUUAUUUAUUUCAUCUCAUGUUUUUGUGCAAUUGUUGUAAAUUCAUCUCCGAAGCUGGCGUUACUGUGCGCUAUAGAGAUACAUUAUGCAUUAGAAUAAAAUAUGGGUGUGCAAUAUAUUUCUUGUUCAUCCAUUUCAUCAUAUUUCGGGGCUUGUAAAUUCGAUCAACUCAAUACUAAAUCUGAAUGCAUCAUUUUGGCAAGAACCAGGUUUUUUUUUUUUUCCUUUUUUUUUUUUUUUAAAUCUGUAAAAUCAUUUUGGACCUGCAGAGGGUUUAACAUCCCUUGCUACAAAAAGAAAGAAAAAAAAAACUGUACUGCAUGUUGUGUGCUUAAGGAAAAAAAAAUCAGAAAAACUUCACCAUUUAGAUUAUUUGUUGCUUAGAAGCACACAUUGGUUGUUCAAACACCUUGAUGAGGAGAUCAACAUCAGUGCUGGUAAUUUAUUCCAUUAACUUUGCAAACAGUUAAAGACUGAAAAAUAAAAAAACUGUUUGGAAUUGAUGGGUUCUCUCUCAUAAAAACUAAAAUGUGGAAAAAAAUGUUAAUAAAUCUAUUUUCUGAUUUUGCAUUUAAUUUCAUGUCAGUAUGUGUAAAAAAAAAAAUCAACUAAAUAUUGCCAAUCUCAUGGUGCUGCUUGAGUUUUAUAUUUCAUUUUAUUUUAUUUUUUUAACGCUAUAAAAAAUCGUCAACUUUGCUUGUUAGUAUUGUGAGCUUAAAAACAAUGUCUUUUAUUUAAAAAACAAAAACAUAUUAAUGAUAGUAAAUAUAAUUUUUACAAUAGCUAUUUCAUUUGGUUAAAACUGACAAAUUAGAUUCAACGCUUAUAUCUUCCCCUGCUGUUUUCAUAUAAGUACAAUUCAUUCACAAUGCAGGCAUUUAUUCUAGUAUUGGUAUCCCAAGUGGUCCAUUUUGUUAUCAUAAUCAUACUAAUGAGUGCUAGUCUACUACUCUUUCUUGUAUACAACAUCAAUAAUACAAACAACAAAAGAGAUUCUUUAUAAUAUGAAAGUCUAUGACAUUUGUAAUAGAAUUACUUAAGUAUUUUAAAAUGAUUUCAUUUCCUGGUCAUCAAAUAAUCAAACUAGUGCAGUUCUCUCAAGGCUGAAACUGCCAUUUCUUGUUGACAUGCAUUUGAUACCUUGUUAUACAUAACAAGGUAGGUAACCUGCUAGAAUUACGAGCCAAAUCUCUCUCAAGCCAUACCUGACUGUCUUAAAAAAAGGAGACAUUAGAUUAUGUAGUCCAAGGGAAACUAUAUAUAAAAAAAUGACAAGUUGGUCAUGGCUAGAGUGCCUUUGAUCAUAAGUCUAUCUGAGUAGUGUUAACCUGGGGCUAAACAGCUUCAGCCUUCUUGCAUUUAGUAAGUCGAGUAAAGCACUUUUUUUUUUUUGUUACACAUCUUUAUUUUGAAAAAAUUUCAUUGAAAGUUUUAGUGUAGAUGCUCUGAUAAGAUCUUCAGUCAUAAUGAGUGUUAAUUGAAGGUUAUUUCUUAAGAUAAAUUAAUUACCUUUCAUAUUCAUUUCAAACUUUGAUUUCUUUGACCAUGAAGAAAAAAGAAACACUGAAUACUUUUAACUACUUCAACAUCUCUCACAGGUUUAUUGUAUUUUAUAUUUUAUAUUAUCUGCCUAUUUGUCAACAUGGUGUUGGCUGAAAUAGCAGAUUACUUCCUCGAUGUAAAUAUAAUCAGUAAUAUUCAUUGUGGGAAGGACUUAUCACUCCAAAAGAGGAGUAAAUUCUUUUCCCUCACCUCCAAGAAGAAGAGAAAAAAGACAACAUAAGAAAUGUUUCGCUGUUGUUCACAAAUUUUAGAACAACAUAUGAAAAUUAGUCAUUCAGUGCUUUAUUUAUCACAUGAAAAUGUGAUAAAUAGUCAUUUGCUUGACUUUUUCAUCAUAAAAGGUAUUCUCCAAUGGGGCAACAGUAGCCCCAUUGACUUAGAGGUAGGGGGAAAUGAGACUUGUAAUGUUCGUGCCUUUUCAAAAGGUUUUGGUGACGUAAGUGAAGUGAAACAGCUACUACUUGGAAUUGAAACCAAGUUGUAGACUUGGCAUGCUGAGGGCUUGCCUUCUACUCUUACGCCACUUGCUACAUUAUGAAUAUAAAUGUAGUUUAAUUCUAACCAUGUCAUUACUAUUUGCAAUAUUAUUAAUCAUGUUUGACAUUUAGUGUAUAUUGCCUCCAGUUUUGACAUGGUUAGAAUGCAAUUACCCAUGAUAGAAGUUGAACUGGUCGAGUUUAUUCACAGUAUUCAGAAAGGUAAUUUUGUAAAUAUAUCUUUUGAAAUAAAUGGAGUGUUAUAUAGACUGUCUUCUUAACUUAAGCAGUAAACCAAAUAUAAUUUGUCAAGUGCCAGAGAAACAGAUUGAAUACCGGCAUAUAUGUGAGAUUUUAAUUUACUUAAUCUAAUAUUUAAUCUGUUUUUUUUUAUUGCAUAAGGAAUACAACCUCAUAGUUUACAAGCCUGUAUGUGAUCACUCAACUUGCUAGAAAUGACAACCAAAUCCCUGUCAAAUCACACCAUACCAUCUUAAAUAAGGAAAGGAUACAUUAGAUAAUGUAAUCCUACAAAACCUUGAAAAAGACAUGAUGGUCAUGGCUGGAGUAAAUUUGAUCAUGAUUUUGCUUGGUCAGGGUUGAUCGACAGCUAAAAACCAACUUCACGUUUUAUAGAUGAAGGGAAAUGGGAAAGGGUGACUUAAAUGCCUUUUCCAAAUUCAAACUACUCUUCUAUGUUCCCCGUAUACAUAAUUACAAAGUGUAUAAAGUAUAACUAAUUCAGUGAUCUUAGUUAUAGAUCCUUAAUGAAAGAGGUUUAGCAAGCAAAAAUUGGUAACCAUUAAUAAUUAGCUUUUCAGUGUCACGGCAUUCCAGAGUUUGUCCUAUACACUUCCUGAUCAGUAGCACUAAUAUAAUAAGCAAUUGUUGCAUAUAUAAUAAAUAUAUAUAUACAUAUAUUUUUUUUCACACACAUGCACACACACACACAUUGUGCACGAGUGUAUGUAUAUAUAAUGUAUUUUUGUGUGUGCGUGCAUAUGUAUGUGUGUAUAUAUAUCUAUAUAUUUUUAGGUGUAUGUAUAUACAUAUAUGUAUUUAGGUAUAUGUGCAUACCUAUACAUGCAUAUAUAGAUGUAUAUAUAUCAACAACAGCAUAUGGCAGUUGUUGUCACAUGGUGUGCUAAUGUGUUGAGCCUACUUUGGCAUUAACUACUACUCGAAAAUAAACAUACAAACUUUAACAUAUUUUUAUGCAUAAUAUGACUUCAACCCAAUGUAAUCUUUGUGUCUGAGUAUGUAUUAUUAUAUUUGAAAACAAUUUACAGUCAGAUUAUAUCAUGUUACUGCAAGAACAAAAUUAUAAAGAAAAUUUACCAUCUUUGGUAGGUGUACAGCACUCAUCUUGCACACCUAGAAUAUAUAUGUCCCCUGGUAUACAUAACUGUGAAUUAGUAAUUGUGUGAUUGAAAUUAUUGAUACAAUGUCUACUCUAAUAUUUUUUUGUAUUCACUUCCUUAUAGAUGUAACAAAACAAAAUAGUUUUGAUAUUUCAGACAACCAAUUCUGAAUAAGAAGAAUGCUGAUUUUUGUCAUCAAAACUUUUAGAGAGAGAUAUUUAUUACUCACUCUUAAUUCAAUACAGAACUUGAAAUCAGUGACCUGACAUAGUGAUAAUUAAUAUGAUACAAAUAAUAAUUAUUAAUAUAAUAAACUACUUGUUUUCUGUUUCAGGAUAUGAAAUGAUAUAUUUUUAUUCUAUGAAGUCAGGUUGCUUCUGGCAAACAGAAAUACAAUAAUAAUAUAUACCAAAAAUAUAACUGAAUAAAUGAAAUAUAUUCAUAAGAAUUGUGCCACCAUGUAACACUACAAAUUCAAUGAAGGAGAUUCUACAUGGUUGCUUAACUUGCUACUAAUAACAGUCAAUUCUCCCUUGAAUCACCCACCCCACUCUAUCUUGGUCACAACAACUGGAAGCUUUUGACCAUAGGUCUGCAUGAUCAAGGCUGACCUGGGGGCUAAACACCAACCACCACCAUCACCUCUGAAUCAAUGAGUGAGCUUUUAUAUGGUCACUCAAACGUCUAGAAAUAACAGCCAACUAUCUUGAAAGUGAAGGACACAUUGGAUAAUGUAGUCCGAGAUAUAUAUUGUCUGAGACACAGACAGCAUGGCCAUGGGCUGAAAUGCUUUUGAUCAGAAGUCAAAUCAACUAGAAUUGACCUAGGUCUAAACAAUCCGAAUUGCAGCCAAAUUUCAUUCUCGUCACAUCCUGUCAUCUUAAAAAAUAAGAGAUAGCCAUGACUGGAAUAUUUUGAUCAUAGGUCUGGUAGAUCAGAGCUGACCUGGGGGUAAACAAAAACAAUGGCCACUGCUACUGAAUGCAGCCUUCUCAGAUAUUGGCUUCAACUUAGCAAAGCUGCUUUCAAAAUAUUUCUUAUGUCAAAUUUACAAGAUAUUGGCUACAACAUAUGUAAUAAUUAAUCAACCCAUUAUUUAUUUAUUUAUUUAUAUAUUUAUUUAUUUAUAUAUUUAUUUAUUUAUCUAUCUAUCUCAUACAAAUGUGAUAGUCAAUUGCUUGAAUUUUCAUAAUCAGAGGUUAUGAGUAAUGUGUAGUCAAUUAUCCCUGUUGACUUCAGUGAAGACAAAAAUAGGACUUAUUUGUUCACAGCUUUGUUAAAGUCAUUGACAAAAUGUGAAUUGGAAUGAAAUAGUUAUAGCAAAAAAAUCAAAACCAUGUUGUAGUAGAUUCUGUUUGUCAGGAGCAUACCUCCUUUUACUUUACAGUAGCUGCCAAAUAUAUUGAUAAAAUAAAUAGUCUACAUAAAAGCUGAAUAAGAAUGAAAGCAAAGAAGAAAAUAAAACAUUGUUAAUAUCAUUAUAUCCUCUUCUGAUGUGACACUUGACUCUAAGACAUUCUGAUGCUAUUAAUAGUGAUUUCUUUUGACUAGGUACAAAGUGUCAGAUUUAAUAUGAAUGAGGAAUUGAGAUUGUAUAACUUUCAUGCUUUCCUCAAGAGUAUUAGCUAUAUAUAUAUAAACACACACACAUACACACACACACAAAGUGAUGUGCAGUGGCUACACAGCCAUGAAUCAAAACUGAGUUGUAGACUCAGCUCACUGCAAAAUUAUCUGUACACGAUAGCACUUGUUACUGAUUCUUUUUUAUACUGCCUGAUCUCUUAUAAUACCUUUUGUUUCUUUGUUUUAUAUUGUUCCUUAAAUAUAUUUUUAAAGAUUCUAAUAACUGUGUUAACUAGAGGUUUCUUUUGUAAUGAUUUGGUCGAUAAUGAAUGUUUUUAAUUUUUUUAGUACUGAUAACCACUCAAAAAUGUGAACUUUUGUUGACUUUUUAUUUGUAAAUUUGUACAUAACAACUGAAGACGUACACUAUGUGAAAAAUUCAUCACUGAUAAUGUUAUUUAGUAAUGUUAUAGUUCUAAAUUAUCUUUAUAUUUUUGCUAUUACAAUGUACUUAUAAAAUGUUGCUUUCUACUAUUGUCAUGACGAUUAUAAUGGAAAAUACGUCUAAAAAAGGAAAUAAAAUAAAAUAAAAUCUCAGGCCAUCAGGCAUCAAUUUAAUCUGCAUGAUUUUUCAGUCUGACUAUCAUUUCCAUCUAUUGAAUAAAAAAAAUGUUAAUCCUUUCAUGAACCUUAA